CAUGUGACAGAUGUUUUUGUUUCCUCCUGGGUUCUAGCAGUGUCAUGUGGAUGUCGAGACCCCCCAACUGACAAGCUCCGGGGUCGAAAUCUCCUCAGCGGCUCUUCAAGAAACUCUCUACCGGGGGUCAGAGGGUUUCCCCCGCCGAGGCAGAGGCUCUUCUUGAGGCCGGGAUCCGGUGGGAGCGAUGGCGGACGGGGAACGGUCGCCGCUGCUAUCCGAGCAGCACGACGGGACCAACGGCUACUCUCCCGGGGGCAGCCUGCAUGGAUAUCCGCCAAAACCACAGAGUUUGGCGCCGUUCCCCAGCUCAGUGGCACCAGGUGAGCCUCCGCCGCCCUACUCGCCGCAGGGCAGCCCGGACAGCAGCAGCGCUCCGGUCAUCAGCUGCCGGGUCUGUCAGAGCGCCAUAUCUGUGGAGGGCAAGACACACCAGCAUGUGGUGAAGUGCAGCAUCUGCAACGAAGCGACGCCGAUAAAGAAUGCCCCUGUUGGAAAGAAGUACGUCCGCUGUCCGUGCAACUGUCUUCUGAUCUGCAAAGUCACGUCGCAGAGGAUCGCCUGUCCACGACCGUACUGUAAACGCAUCAUCAACCUGGGACCAGUUCACAUUGGCAGGGAAAGUCCUGAACCGCAGCAUCAGCCCGUCGGCAUCAGGAUCAUCUGCGGACACUGCUCCAACACAUUCCUGUGGACAGAGUUUUCAGACCGGACCUUGGCCCGAUGUCCUCACUGCCGAAAAGUCUCUUCUAUUGGUCGGCGGUACCCCAGGAGGAGGAGCCUGCUGUGCUUCCUGCUGUUCAUUGUGCUCGUCGCCUCCACUGCAGGACUCAUGGUUGGCACGUGGAGGCCCGCCCAGAACUCCAAAGGGAUCUACGUUUCGUGGGUGCUGCUGAUCCUGCUCGCUUUGUUCACCAUGGCAAGAACCAUCUACUGGAGGUGUCUGAAAAUCAGCGACCCUAUAUCCAACAUCACGUAAAGAGACAGAGACAGAGAGGGUGAGAGAAAGAAAAGGAAGGUGUGAGGGCUAGUGGAUUAGGAGAGGGAGGAGAAGAGUCAACAUGUUGUCAGUGAACCACAUUUCUAAAAUCAUGAUAGGUACAGAGAUACAGAUACAGGAGAGGUGUGAGGAGACGGAAGAAAGAGAGGGAAAGAUUCAUGUACGAUAUUUAAAAUCAAAUUCCACAUUCAUGCCAGGUUGAAUUACCCAAAAUAUGAGCUGGAAAAAAUCUUUAUAAUACUUACAACAUGUAGAGUUUUCUGAAAUUAGGGAUGGUUGUCUGUAGAGCGGUUGGAGACAUAAAGAGCUUGAGGUAAACACGGACAGGCGGAUGAGCCGGACAAGAGAGAGCAGGAAAAAACCUCUUGAAAAUAUUUGUUUUUGACCCUGUAGUUUUCUUCGAUGUUGGACUAAUGUGUCGUUUCAAAGCCUGGUGCUGCUGUUACUCAACUGGAGCUGCCAGUAGCUGUUAUGUUCACAACAAUAUUAUUUAAACGGGCUGUAGUUUUUGUGCCCCAAAAUCAGAAGGAAAUGAAAUCAUAGUAAACAAGAAGAGUAAAGAGGUUGAGGUUAACUGUUUAUAAGUCAAGCUCUGGUUUGUAUAGGUAGAUGGAGACAUACAUGAGGUGAAGGAGGUGUUUUAGGUAGACGUUAAAGGGAUAGUUCCGAUUUUUUGAAGUGAGGUUGUAUAAGGCACUUAUCCAUAGUCAGUGUAUUACUUGCAGUUGUCAGUCAGCGCACCCCUAUUUUGGAGAAGCAGACUGGAGUAACUCCACAGAAGCAAAACAAUAUUUUAGCCACCUAUAAGAAUCAACAUCAGUUUAAGUAUUUUCACCGCUUUACCUCAGUGAUUUCUGAAGAACUGAAGCCGUUAUAUCUCUCUCUUCAAAGCCGCCAGACCCCACUGACAAAAACAGUAAUUUUACCUUGCGGAACACGUGGGGUUGCCGGUCUACCGCUGCCUCCAUCAGUCAGUUUGUUUGUGUUAUUGUGUGACUUCGGCAUCAAAAAGAGUAAGUUCAGAUUCAGCAAAGUCACAGAAUAUCACAAAAAGAUCAAACCACAGAGGCAGUGGUGGACCAGCUGCUCCUGUUGUCUGCAAGUAAAUUUACUGUUUUUGUCGAUGGAGUCUGGCAGCAAAGUAAACUGCUGAAAAUAGGCUAUAUAUAGUGUACACUCAAAAUGAUAUACAUUAUUUUAAGGUGGCUAAAAUAUCUUUUGCCGUGACGCCCGUCCACAGCAGCACAUCGCUUAGCUUCUAUACCGGGACUCCUGCCUGCUUCUCCAAACUGGCGGCGUGCCGACCACCAUCUCCUGAUUAUGGAUAAGUACCUCAAAAAACUAUCCCUUUAAGUUAUGUUAUGACACCAAAUGUGAUGAAAAACAACAAUUAAUUCUGCAGCAAUCACACUGAGCAGGUUGAAGGGAAGAAACACAACGCGCUUAUAUUUGCUAUUUUAUUUUUGUUAUUCUGUUAUUCUUUCCUGGGUCCAGCUGGAAAGUUUUCUUCUAAACUGAAGUAACGUGUGACUAAAUCCCACAUCACGGCUGUCAAGAUGUUAAGGACGAGAACAUGAAAUAGUUUGUUUCAUUGCAGAGAGCUGAUACCACUCUCACGUAUGUACGGCUAAUAUGCAGCUACAGCCAGCAGCCACUCAGCUUAGCAUAAAACAGGGAGAAACAGCUCACUGUCAAACACAUCAUAUCUUGUUUGUUAAAAUAGAGCUGCAACAAUCAGUCGAUUUAUUGACUUUUCUUUGUCAUUUAUGUUAGUGAAUGAAAAGUCUGAGUUUUGGACUGUUCGGGCAAAAAAAAUUUACACACUAAACGAUAAGUCGAUUAAUCAUGAGAGUAAUUGGCAGAUAAAUCGAUGAUGGAAAUAAUAAGGCUGUACCCAGAAUUACAUGGCUCAAAUCAGAUUUGUCUCCCCCCCCCCACACACACACACACACACACCAUAUAAAGUUUUAAAGUUGAAUCUGGCUCAGCAGUGUGACAGCGGCAUUCAUGCAAUAGAGUAACAAGCUAACGUUGGGUCAGAAAUGCGUAACUUUUUUUUGCCGACACUAGAUAUCAAACAAAAGCCAAAUACUGUGUCGUAUUAGGCACAUGUGAGCUAUAAAUUCACCACUUCCAAGCAGAAGAGAGAAGAUGGCGUGGAAGUCGGGAGCGCUCAGUCCGCAACAAAAUCUGGGGACCAAAACAUCCCUAGAAGUACACAGCACACGUAGAAACAACGACUGCUUGACUCCAUCUGACGAUUUGAAUCUCAGACCUCCAAAGGGCAGCUCUAGAAAAUAAUCAUUAUUUGCAGCCCUAUUUUAAAUGUAAAGUAUAAAAACAGCAAGUUGUGGUUUUUACAUGUGUGGGAUUAUUUCUUGUCCAAGUGUUUUUAUGACCUUUGUACAGAGCCAGGCUCGCUGUUUCCCCCUGUCUCUAGUCCUUAUGCUAAGCUAAGCUAACCGGCUGCUGGCUUUAGCUUCAUAUUUAACACACAGACGGAAGACAUAACAAUCUUCUCAGUUAACUCUGGGCAAGAAAGAAAGUAAGUGUGUUUCCCAAAAUAUCAAACUAUUACUUUCAGCAUUUGUAUUUAAAUUUGAGCAGGAACAAACCAAAAUCACCUGUCAAUUUUUCUGGUAAAAUACAUACAAACAUAAAACAUCACACAAGUCAAAGUGCUCAUAUCAGUUAAAUCCAGUUGAUACAAGGAACCACACAAGUUUUGUUUUGGGGCAGAGUUCAUUUCAUAACAAGAUAAUGUAUAAUAUAAAGAGGGAAAUGCAAUUAAUAAAGGAUGUACAUGUGAAUCAAUACGCAGGCAUUAUUCAGAGUAAAUGGCAUGAUCUUUUUUUACAUUUUUUCAAAGUCAGUCUUGUAAAAUAUCUGCGCUUAGAUCAUCUCACAGGGAUUUUGGGGCAUUUGAUUGAAAUGACUUGUUUAUCAUGUUUGAGAAUGGUUCACAUCGGAGGACCUCACAGUUCUGGGCUGACAUGAUGAUAACAUGCCGUGAGCUGAUCCUCUAAACUGGACUGAAAGUUAAUGUCACAACAUGUCAAACUUCAGCAAUAAACACCUCAUGUUCUGCUAAAAUCUUCUGAACUAAAACUAUGAAACUGCAGUUUCACUUGUUGAAGUCACUGAUGGAAAUCACUUGAAGCACACACAUGGGAAAUGAUUUAUUUAUUUAUCUCCUCUCUUCUUAAUUCACAUCCGUCUUAUUUGAAUCAAACUGAAGUUAGCUGACACACCAGGAAAACCUUUCCCUGUUCGGGCACGGUCACACGCGACGCGAUACUCGUGGCGCAUAGAAAAGCUAGCCUGCUACUAAACAUCGCAAAAUAUAAUGUUAGUGGUACACCUCCCAUUUUCUUACGUUCCACGCCUGUCUCACGACACACUGUGAGCCAGGCAGCGUCUCUCACGUGAGGCAGUUCGUAUUUUUCAUGGUCAGUGUCAGACAGUAUCCGCAGGUUAAACAUGGCAACAAUAAUCACGUCCUCCAUUUUGCUAUUGGAGGAGGCUGCAACUUCGCUUGUCAAAGUUCACCAAAGUUGAACUCCACCCAAUGCGAAGACGUAAAUUAGGGCUGGGCAAUAUGUUGUCACGAUAUUUUAGGCUGUAUCUGGACUUCAUUAAUGCUAGGACCAAAUGCGCUCUCUGAUGUGACAGAGUUGAAGGGAUGACUAUUAUUUUUUUUUCUUUUCAGAUAUUUUAACACAUUUCAUUUGAUUAAUGAUCAUCAAUAAUGUGGAUAUACCGACUUAGUGGGUUAAGGUGAGCAUUAAUACAAAUAAAAAAGUCUGGGAAGUUGAUAAAUUUACAUCACUUAAUUAUAUUUCAGCCUUUAAAGAGAAGGAAAAAACAUAAUUCAUGCCGUAUCUCGAUACAACAAUAUCCAAAAUCUAAGACGAUAUGUAGUCUGAUAUCUCGCUAUGAUAUUGCCCAGCUUUAACGUGAAUUUGCUGUAUCAACGAAAACAUGUUUCAUUUGCCCCUCUGCUCACAUUGAGUGGAAGUGAACGGGUGGCGAAAAACGUCCUCCAGGGAUGAAGUUAAUCUGUAGGCUGACGCAGAGGUUAGCUUUGCCCUGGUUACCUCGUUAUAAAGGCUGUGGGAUUUUUCUAUCGGAUUUUGGAUUAUUGCAGAAAAUAAGCUCUGUGGUGAACAAAAAUCAAUGAAACUUUUGCUCAACAAGAUAAUCUUAACAAAUAAAGACAAUUUAUAUGAUUUUUGAAGCCUAAAUUAAAGUAAAAAGCAAAUGUUAGACAAUAAAAAGUGCAAAAGUGCGAACUCAUUUCCGCACUCCUGGAGCACUCCAUAUAUUCCCUGAUGAUAACUUCGCUCAUGUGUGACCGUGCCCUCAAUGUGUAAAUAUGUUCAGUGGGAUGUUGAUUUCUUUGGACUGUACAGAAUUAUCAGAGCUGUUGCUUCCCCCUUGUGGCUGAUUAAUGUAAGUACCAUGUUGUACUAUGUUGUACUGAUGUACUACUACUGUAAUGUUUCUGUCAAUAUUAUUCUGGUGGAUUGAUUUUUUUUUUGUAUAUUGUGAAACAAAGUAAUACUUUUAACGAGC